UGGAAAUGGAAAUAGUAAACAAUUUUAACAGGUGUAAAUAUUUGGGAUUCAAUAAUUAUAAACUGUGCGCUUAAUUGUUGAAUUAUGUUCUUGAAAUUGAUGUCUUUUUAUUCUGAGGAAAGGAAAAUUCCUAUUUGUAUAAAAAUAUAACUUAUUUGCUUUCAGAAUUGCAAAGAAAUACAUCGCUCAGUGAUUAUUAUUUUUAGGUUAGGAACGCUCGCACAAAUUAAAUGGCGCGAUGUCGUUUGAUAUUCAAAAUUUAGAAAUUGUCAAAUUAAAUAAAUUGGAGAGUGCGAGUUAUUUUAUUGUUUGGAUUGGGGCAAUUUUUUAUUCUAUUUAUCAGGUACAUCUCACGGAUCAUUAUUUUACUGAUUAUCAUGAUACUUAUGAGGAUUUUCGACCAGGUUGGUCGUGGAUUGGUCGAAAAAUGGAUAUUUCGGACCGAGAGUGGAGAUCGUGGAUUCCAUUUAUGUACCAGUUGAUUCCAUGGAUUGUUCUCCAUCUUAUUGUCGGUCAAUUAAUUAAACGAUUCUUUUUCAAAUGUUCAUUGAUUUUAUCCUCGUGGUACAUUGCCUCGUCGAUAAUAUUUUUAUGGUACUACGUGGGAUUUAUGGGCGUUCUUCUGGCAUUAAUUCAACCGUGCGUCGAUCGUCUUUUAAUAUCGUUUGGCAGCAAAAUUCUCGCAUGGAUUGUACAUUUGGCAAUAAUAUCGAUAAUUUAUUAUGAAAAAACUUAUGGUUUUGUCUUUGAAAAUUGGCUCGGCAUUGAGGAGGAAAAAUACUAUAUGCUUACGAUUGCACUCUGCUGGAUACAAUUGAGAAGCAUCAGCUCUUGUCUUGACUGUAUAGCUCACGAUGAGGAGCCGAAAACUUUAGCUGGAUUUAUGAGAAGUUUUUUGAAAACUACUGCUUACUGUCUAUAUCUACCGACAUUGUUUCUGGGUCCGGUUAUUUUAUACAAAGACUUUUUGGAAGGAAUUGAAAAACCACCGGAACUGUGGACACCGAAGAGAAUUUCUAUCUUCUUUUUGAAUUUGUUCAGAUUUAUUUUCUGGCUCUUCUUCACUGAAUUCUCUAUGCAUUUUCUCUAUUUUAAUGCGUUGCAAUUUUUUCCAGAGGUCGUCAAAGUACUGGAACCGUGGGCAUUUUUUGGAAUGGGUUACUGUAUGGGACAAUAUUUUCUAAAUAAAUACGUCGUUAUUUAUGGAAUUUGGAGUUCAGUGACACGAUUGGACGAUAUUGAGGCGCCUCCAAAUCCAAAGUGCAUCGGUAGAAUUCAUCUUUAUUCGGAUAUGUGGAAGCAUUUCGAUCGUGGAUUAUACAAAUUUUUAUUGCGGUACAUUUACAUUCCAUCAUUGGGAAUUGAAUCGGGAGCGAGAAAAUUAUUCGCCUCCUUCCUCUGUUUCUCUUUUGUGUUUCUUUGGCACGGAAUGGAACUUUUCAUUUUUAUUUGGUCCUUUUUGAAUUUCUUUGGACUUGCAAUUGAAUAUUUCGCGACUGCAAUUGGCAAUUCAGCGAAAUAUCGCGAAUUAACGAUGAAUAAUUUGAGUGCAAAAAAUAUAAGACGUUUGCAUUGCAUUUUCGCCAGUCCACUGCUUGCAAUGUCGGCAAUGUCGAAUUUUUAUUUUUUCGCUGGCGCCGAAAUUGGUCAUCUUUACUUUCGACGAGUACUUUUUACAGAUUCGUGGACGACGAUUUUAUUGCUAUUGUUCAGUCUUUAUUGUUGUUGUCAAGUUUCGUUGGACUUGAAACGAAUUGAGAAACAAAAGGAAACACGAACGAAGAAAUUGUGAAAAAUACAAAAAUACAAACAAACAAAAAAUGACGAACGAAGAAAAGAACAAAUUAAAAGAUAAGAAAUCUUAACAAAUAUAUUUUUUUAACAGAAGAGAGUGAAAAAUCUAUAUUUUUAAAUAUUUAGUAUUGAAUUGUAUUGAAUAUUUU